UUCAAAGCAACACGGACCGGGCACGAUCGUAUACAAUUAAACGGUGUCAUAUAAAAAAUAAAAACAAUAAAAUAUAAAAUAAAAAGAAAUAAGAAUUUAAUGAAAAAGAAAUCUUGUAUCUUGUUUAAUAAAAUAUUUUUUUUAAUUGUAUUUUUCUUUAAAUAAUAUAUUUUUAUCUCGUGGUGACACUACAGUACAAUGAAGAAUAAAUAUAAAAUGAAUAGUGUUGAUGUAGUGUCCAAUGGUGAUACUAAUAAGAAAACUUCUUCAAAUGAUAAAAGCACAUCUGAUGAUGGCGAUAAAAAACCAGAAGAAGUACCAAGUGUCUCUUUUUUUACUUUGUUCAGAUAUGCAACUCAGAAAGAUAAAAUUUAUAUUACGGUGGCUUUAUUAUUUUCUAUAGCAAGUGGUUGUUCUAUGCCAAUCAAUACCAUUCUUUUUGCAUCACUAUUAGAAAAUAUGGUCCUCUAUAAAUUUUCUAUUGAUGCUGGUUUUCCUGAUGACGAUGGCUUUUUAUCAGCAAUCAAAUCUUUUGCUAUAUGGAAUAGUGUUGUUGGAGCAUUGGUAGUAAUUCUCUCAUACUCAGCAACUGUUCUAAUGAAUAAAGCAGCAUACAAUCAGAUAUACAAAGUACGGCAGGAAUAUUUAAAAGCAGCUCUAAACCAAGACUUUGAAUAUUUCGAUACACAUAAAACUGGAGAUUUUGCAUCGAAGAUGACCAGUGACGUAGUAAAACUUGAGGAUGGCAUAGGGGAGAAAUUUGCAACAUUCCUUUUUUAUCAAGCAGCAUUUCUCAGCUCUAUUAUUAUGGCCCUUGUAAAAGGAUGGAAACUUGCAUUGUUAUGUUUAAUAUCUUUUCCAGUUACAUUACUUCUCGUCGGAGUAGCUGGAGUGGUUGCAUCUAAAUUAUCAAAAAAAGAAGCAGUCGCAUCUGGUAAAGCUGGUAAUAUAGCAGAAGAAGUAAUAUCAUCAGUGAGAACAGUAUAUGCAUUUAGUGGACAAGAAAAAGAACUAGAUCGAUAUGGAGAUCAUAUACAAACAGUCAGACAGAUUAAUAUAAAAAAAGGACUAUUCAACGGAUUGGCGAUGGGAACUCUAUUCUUUUGUAUUUUCUGCGCGUACGCUAUGUCAUUCUGGUUUGGAUAUAAAUUAAUAGUUGAAGAUGAUUAUGAAAUAUCGGACAUGAUUGCUGUAUUCUUUGGAGUUAUGAUGGGUUCGGCAAACUUUGGAAUAUCAUCGACUUUGAUGGAAGUGUUUGGUAUGGCUAGUGGCGCCGGCGCGCAAAUAUUUAAUUUAAUCGAUAAUGUACCAACUAUCAAUCCGUUGUUAAACCAAGGCACUGUACCGAAAACUAUCAAAGGAAAUAUUGAGCUGAAUAAUGUAUUUUUCCAUUAUCCUUCAAGACCUGAUAUUCCUAUAUUAAAAGGGGUCAGUUUGACGGUGAAACAUGGACAAACGGUUGCCUUAGUCGGCCAUUCAGGCUGUGGAAAAUCUACAAUCAUACAGCUUAUAUCUAGAUACUACGAUGUAAUUGAUGGAAAUGUUCGCAUUGAUAACAAUGAUGUUCGACAUCUAUCAGUACGUUGGCUUCGCGAGCAAAUUGGCUUAGUGGGCCAAGAACCUGUACUAUUCAAUACUACAAUACGCGAAAACAUUCGGUACGGUCGCGAGGACGCCACAGACUCUGAAAUAGAACAAUGCGCAAGACAAGCAAACGCUCACCAGUUUAUUAUGAAAUUACCAAAUGGCUACGAUACGCUGGUGGGUGAGCGAGGAGCAUCUUUAUCUGGUGGUCAAAAGCAACGUAUUGCCAUCGCACGUGCACUGAUUCGCAACCCACGUAUACUUCUUCUGGACGAAGCCACUAGUGCAUUAGAUAACGCAUCUGAAGCAAAAGUACAGAAAGCACUUGACAAGGCACAAGAAGGACGAACUACUAUUGUGGUAGCCCAUAGACUUUCCACAAUAAGAAAUGUCGAUGUAAUUUAUGUUUUUAAAGCCGGAACCGUUGUAGAAGUUGGUAAUCACGAGGAGUUAAUCAAGAAAAAAGGCCACUAUUAUGACAUGAUUAUGAUGCAAUCAGCUCCGGGUGCAGACAUUGAUAACGUUGAAAAGCCUAACUUAACUCGUGAACUUUCUGUAAGAAGCAACAAAGAUGACGAAGACGAAUAUGUCGAAGAGAAAAUGAAUGAAAAAGAUAAAGAAGAACACGUCCCAGACAUAUCGUUCUGGGAAGUGAUUAAACUUAAUAAACCCGAAUGGAAGUCUGUCACUGCAGCUAGCGUCUGUUCCCUCAUGAGCGGUUUUGCUAUGCCUGUCCUAGCAAUUAUACUCGGUGACUUUGUUGGUGUACUAUCAAACGAAAAUGAGGAUGAGGUUGCCGCUGAAGUUAGAAAAUAUGCCCUGAUAUUUGUUGGAGUUGGGGUAUUUUCAGGGAUCACAAACUUUAUAACGGUAUUCUUCUACGGAAUAGCGGGAGAACAUUUAACGGAACGCCUUCGACGGUUAAUGUUUCAAAAAUUGUUGCAACAAGAGAUCGGUUUCUAUGACGAUAAAAAUAAUUCGACAGGAGCUCUUUGCGCUAAGCUAUCUGGAGAAGCAGCUGCUGUGCAAGGCGCAACCGGACAAAGAAUUGGUACCGUCUUACAAGCGCUGGGUACCUUUGGAUUUGCCUUGGGCUUAGCUCUAUUUUACGAAUGGCGAGUGGGAUUGGUUGCAUUUACUUUUGCACCAAUUAUGGCAGCCAUUUUAUACAAGGAAGGGAGAAUGGUCAGCGCUGAAUCUUUUGGAGCGGCUAAAACUAUGGAAGCUAGUUCAAAGAUUGCUGUAGAAGCAGUAUCGAAUGUCCGGACGGUGGCGUCGCUUGGUAGAGAGGAGGCGUUCCGACAGGAAUACGCUAAACAGCUACAGCCUGCCCUGGCACUUGCAAACCGUUCGACACAUUUCCGGGGAAUAGUCUUCGGUCUCUCACGAGGCCUUUUCAAUUUCGUUUAUGCCGCAGCGUUGUACUAUGGAGGCACACUAAUUAUUUAUGAUGGUGUUGAUUACGAACUGAUUUUAAAAUCUGCCCAAGCCCUGUUGAUGGGCGCAGCUACUGCCGCUCAAGCGUUUGCUUUCGCGCCAAAUUUCCAAAAAGGACUAAAAGCGGCGGGACGUAUUGUUGUUUUACUUAAUAGACAAUCGAAAAUAGCUGAUCCUGCACAUCCUGUGGGUGGAUUUAAAGGUACCGGUGAAGCAAGUCUUCAAAGUGUAUAUUUCAGAUACCCAACUAGACCACUGAUACAAGUGUUAAAUAAUAUGAAUCUUGAAAUAGAACAAGGUAAAACUGUAGCUUUGGUCGGAUCUAGUGGUUGUGGUAAAAGUACAGUUAUCCAACUCCUUGAAAGAUAUUAUGAUCCAGACAGUGGUAUAGUGGCUCAAGAUGGAAUACCAUUACCAAAACUGCGCCUAACAGAUUCAAGGCGGCCAAUUGGAUUUGUCCAACAAGAGCCCGUACUUUUCGAUCGUACCAUUGGUGAAAAUAUAGCCUACGGUGAUAAUACGAGAAAAGUUAAAAUGGAUGAAAUCAUUGCAGCAGCUAAACAAGCGAACAUUCACAAUUUUAUUACGUCACUGCCUUCGGGAUAUGAUACAAACAUUGGAUCUAAAGGCACACAGCUAUCCGGUGGUCAAAAACAGAGGGUCGCUAUAGCGAGAGCUCUCAUCAGAAGGCCAAAAAUGUUACUACUUGACGAGGCGACCAGUGCUCUCGAUACAGAGAGUGAAAAGGUGGUACAAGAGGCGCUUGAUGCUGCAAAAGCAGGACGCACAUGCGUUAUGAUUGCACAUAGGCUGAGUACAGUUCGUGAUGCAGACGUCAUCUGCGUUAUCCACGAGGGGCAGGUCGUCGAGAAAGGCAAACACAACGAACUGUUAGAACUAAAAGGAAUUUAUUAUAAUUUGAAUAAAAAAGGAUAUAGUUGAAUGAACAGUGUGAAUAUUAAAAUAAGAGAUUUUAAUGUUACAUUUAGUAGUAUAAUAGAAUAAUUACUUUUAAGUGUAAGUGUGUUUUAUAAAAUAUUAAAC